AUGACGUCACUAUUCUGCGACCCGAGUGUGUGAGCCUCGUCGAACGACAACAACAGCACGAGAGCGGAUUAGAAACAAAAACUCAGAAACUCUCGCUUCCACAGGGACGACGCUGAGAGAAAAAUGACCAUAUGUAACUUUUUUCUUCAAGGUCGUUGUCGAUACGGCGAUAAGUGUUGGAAUGAGCACCCGACAGGAGGAGGAGGAGGAGGAAACAGAGGUGGUGGUGGUGGAGGAGGAUAUAACAACCGCUCCACAAAUCAACAGCAGUCCAGAGGAGGUGGAGGGUUUGCUAACAGAGUUUGGGUGAAUCCUGACCACCAAAAAGCAAGCUACAUCAAGGCUUCAUCCUUCUCAUCUCACGGUGGCGAUGACUGGGGCCAAGGAGGACAAGGAGGGGCUGACUGGGGCAGAGGAGGUGGAGGGAAUGACUGGGGCAGAGGAGGCGGAGGGAAUGACUGGAACCGAGGAGGAGGAGGAGGAGGAGGAGGAGGAGGAAGAGGAAGAGAUAAUGUAAAAAGCUACGAAUUUGGCUAUUCCUCUCAGAACAGAUUUUCAGCACUUGAUACUCCCACCACAUUUGACAGAGGAGGAGGAAGAAGAGAAGCAGGAAAACCUGUCAAUGAAGAGGAUGACAAACAAGUGGACAUCAUUCAGAAGGACAUGGAGGCUUGGGAGAGUUCGAGUCAGUGGUGCCUCUCUUGUUACUCGAACUCCUUGGCACCUUUAUCUGGUUUCACUGAUGUCUCUCCAGAAGAGCUCAGGCUGGAGUUUUACUCCACAAGAGCCUCAGGAGAUGUGCAGGGCUAUAUUAACGGUGUCAAUCAGUUGCUUAACCAGUGGAGAAGCAGAAUCCAGGAACUGAAGGUUAUGAAUCCAGCCACACGCACAGCAUUGCUUGCAGAGUUAAAAAACCCAGCACCUCAGGCAUCUUCAAGUGGCUUUGGUACAAUGCCAGCAACUGGUUUUGGAUCCACGACAUCAGACUUUGGAAGCAAAGGCUUUGGUUCUGCAGCACCAGUGCAGGCCAGCAGUUUUAGCUUUGCUGCUGCAAGUGGUGGAUUUGGUGCGCCAUCAUCUUCAGCAGGUUUUGGUAGUGCCACAGCAGCUCCUGCACAACCUCCUUCGGGAUUUGGUUCCACCUCCGCGUCGUCAGCUUCAACGUUCUCCUUCUCUGCGGACACCAACAAACCAGCAGCCACCUCAGGAUUCGGCUCGGCCUCUGGGUUCAGCUUCUCCUCUUCAGCGAAUACUGGUGGAGGAUUUGGGAGUGGUUUUGGGUCUGAUGCGCCUGCAGCAGCAGCAGCAGCAGGAGGUAGCAGCAUUUUUGCACAGAAGAGCGGGGGAUUUGGAACACCAGCUGCAGCAGCGAGCAGUGAGGCAUUGGACAGUCUGUUUUCACUCGAAAGCAAUCUGACUCCAGAGGAGCUGAGUCAGUUCAAGGCUAAAAAGUUCACACUCGGUCAGAUUCCUUUAAAACCACCUCCAGCUAACAUGCUGAUAAUAUGAUACAACUCAACUAAAGAGAUGUAGUUUAUACAGACGUGAUGUGUUAUUGAAUAUAGUUUUUGUUAUUCUAAUUAUUUUUUUUAAAUACAGCAGAGAGAGAACAGCUAUACUAUACACUAUAUAUGUUUUUGUAUUUUGUGAAGUAUUUCUUUUGUUACAAAAUUCUAUUCCGGGGUUUUAUAAUGGCCUGGAUACUUUAAACCUAAUUCAGCAAAAGUUGUGUAUGUUCAUGAGUGUUUUAGGAUAAAGGUCAUGACAUAAACCAUCAUGACAACAAUUCAUUAAAUGCUUUUUUGUAUUAUGUUGGAAACCUUGACUUGUUCAAAAUCCAUACUCUAAUCUACAAAUGUAUUUCAUAACUGACUAUGUUUGACUAUCAAGGUUUGCUUGACUAAUUAAUUGUUUGUUCAUCACUUGCUAUCUUAACUGUCACACAGGGUUUAAAAGUUGGUUAAAAAGUUAUGUCAAGGGUUUUCUAAAACGUGUAACUGCACAUCACAGCCACAUGAGGGUGCCAAAUACAAGCCCCAAAAUGAUAAGCUGUCUUACACACGUGUGAAUGAAUGUACUAAAGCUCUCACAUGAAACAAAAUGCUAUGUUUCUCAAUGACGUUUAUUAUUCUGCCUCUAGUGAAAUUGCAGGGUUAGGGUUAGCGUCCACACCAGCUUGUUGGUCCUCAUGCAGUAAAAGAGACCAAAGUGUGUAGAUUAUAAUGACAAAGUGAGCCAUUCAACAUGUAUUCAUUAGGAAAACAGCAGCAGGGAGACACCAAUAAGCCAUUCUGCUGCUAUAGGGGCAACAGCUCUGCUGACUGGAGCAUAUUUUUCAGCUGACAGUGAGGUUGUGAUAUCAGCAAGAGGAGUGACAGUGCUGUGUGUGAGACAAAUCCUCCAAAAUCCAUUUUCAUGUUCAGGUUAGAUGCAGUGUUCACAUAAUCCAUACAUUUUUCUUGACAUACCUAUACACUUAAAUUGAUUGCAGAGCAUUUAAUGCCAGUGAUGGUGUGAAACAUUGCAACAUUUCCUCCUAGAGUUUAGAAAGCUCCCACCGCUUCCUUCUGCUCUCAGAUAAUCUAUUAAUUAUUCAACAUAUUAAUGAAGGAUUAAAAUAGAAAAUGAAAAAUCAUCACAUUCAUUUCAGUAAAAAUAAAAUAUCUGGCUUAAAUACA